CUCUUAUAGACAGUACGGCGGCUCCGGGCGUCGCGUCUACGCGGGGGAUUACAGUAACCCGGUUGUCAGUGAUGAGUCAGAGUGCGUGGUGCUGAUGCUGCUGCCAUUUCAUCACCUCUGUGGGCGCAGCAUCCAUCCCUCAGCUCUCCCUGCGCCUGGGCCUACCUCCCCUCGGGCUCCCAGGCAAGCGAUGCCCUCGCGACGGAUCUAGAUCCGGACUGAGCCACGCUCCGCGAGACCUCGGCGGGACGCCCACUCUCGCCGCACACGGCUUGGGCCAAGGAGACCUGCCAAGCCCCGGCCAUGGAAGCCAUCUGGCUGUACCAGUUCCGGCUCAUUGUCAUCGGGGAUUCCACGGUGGGCAAGUCCUGUCUGAUCCGCCGCUUCACCGAGGGCCGCUUUGCCCAGGUUUCGGACCCCACCGUGGGGGUGGAUUUUUUCUCCCGUCUGGUGGAGAUCGAGCCAGGAAAACGCAUCAAGCUCCAGAUCUGGGAUACCGCGGGUCAAGAGAGGUUCAGAUCCAUCACUCGCGCCUACUACAGGAACUCAGUAGGUGGUCUUCUCUUAUUUGACAUCACCAACCGCAGGUCCUUCCAGAAUGUCCAUGAGUGGUUAGAAGAAACCAAAGUACACGUUCAGCCCUAUCAAAUUGUAUUUGUUCUGGUAGGUCACAAGUGUGACCUGGAUACACAGAGGCAAGUGACUCGCCACGAGGCAGAGAAACUGGCUGCUGCGUAUGGCAUGAAGUACAUUGAAACAUCGGCCCGUGAUGCCAUUAAUGUGGAGAAAGCCUUCACAGACCUGACAAGAGACAUAUAUGAGCUGGUUAAAAGGGGGGAUAUUACAAUCCAGGAGGGCUGGGAAGGGGUGAAGAGUGGAUUUGUACCAAAUGUGGUUCACUCCUCAGAAGAGGUUGUCAAAUCAGAGAGGAGAUGUUUGUGCUAGUCAGCCUUUUUAAUUUCCAAAACGUGCUCUCUCACCUGAACUUAAAAGUGAUGGAAAUGAAUAUGAUCCUUGUGU